CAAACCCGAAAUUCAACUGAGAAUCCCACAAAUCAAAUUACGUUCGAAUCUGAAAGGAUUUUUGCAUUUUGUCACAAAGCAGUGUCCGUCUUCUUGCUGCCCGCCAGUGAUUUGAAUUUCAGAGAAACCACUUUUGGUGCAUUGCAAGAAGACACACAGGUAUCCUUAUCCGAAAGAGGCAUGGUCGAAGGAGAUGAGAAGGUUGGUAUGCUCAUGAAGUUGGAAAAGAAAUCCAAGAAAAGGAAAAAAAGUGCUUGUUCCAAUGGUUUAGGAGUGACAAAGGGUGAUGUCGAAGCUGUUGCGUGUGAUUUAAGUUUCAAGGAAGAGAAUCUCUCUUUUAUAAGGACCAGGAAAGAAAAGGAUAAGGCAAAGAUGGAAACUAAAGCACCCGUAGAAAGUGAAAAUCGCGACGUCAAGAGAAAGAAAGAAAGAGGCUGCGGGAAAUCCAGUAAAGACAGUUGCAAGGAUGCUGUUAAAAAUGUUGUGAAAAAGAAAAAUAAGUGGAAGAAUGAGCGAGAGACAUUGACAAUGCAUGAUGCGAGUUUUGACACCAAAGCAAUUGCUCAUGAAAGUGCGAGCGAAACACAGGAAACCAUGGCGGUUGAGACGCUCAACGAGGGCUCUGAUGUAAAUGUUAUAGACGAGGUGAAGAGUAAGAAAAGGAAAAAGGAAAAGAGGAAAAAAAAGGAAGGACAGAUAGAUGUCUUGGCUGGUGUCAGUCAAGAUGAUAUUACAGCUACAGAAGGGGUAACAGAUAGCAAAAUAGAUGAAGCUAAUAUCAGAAAGAGGAAAAAGACAAAGUUAGGACCCAAUUCUAAAGAUCUUACACAUGAAAAGAGUAAAAAAAGAGUGAGAUUUUCUGAUCAUGUACAGUUUUUCCCUCCUAACAGUGAUCCAAGUGAUGAGAAGCAUGAAGAUAAGGACGAAAAAUUACUGUUUGGCAAACAAUUCACACAAGAAGAAGAUGAAAUUGUCAAAGACGCUGUUUAUAGAUACAUAGAGGUACAUAACUUGGGCGAAGAAGGGUUGCAAAAGGUUAUAAACUCUAUAUCUAAUCCUGAAGUAAGGGGUUGCUGGAAAGAAAUAGGGAAGGCUAUACCGUACAGACCUUAUAGAGCAGUUUAUUCUCGUGCACAGCGUUUGUUUCGAAGGGGUGAGAAACGUAAAUGGACUGAAGAGGAGUAUGAGAUGGUACGGAAGUUCCAUGGAAAACAUGGGCACAAGUGGACCGUCUUGGCUGAUGAACUUGGGAAACAUCCGGUUCAUGUAGGGAAUGCAUGGCAUAGGAUAAAACUAGCCAAUCGGAAGAAAGGAAAUUGGGAUCAGGAGGAAAUUCAGACUUUGUUUGAUUUGGUAAACGCGGAUCUGCAACUGAAGCUCUGUGAAGAGAAGAAAUCUAAGCAUGGGAUGUUACGGGAUAAUAUUUGCUGGAAUGCAAUUAGUGACAAUCUGUCCACCAGGAUUUCUCAACAUUGCUGCAAUAAAUGGUACAGACAAUUAACUUCAUCGAUGGUGGCCACAGGUGAAUGGGCAGACACUGAUGACUAUCGCCUAAUUGAUGCCCUUUUUGAACUGGAUGCAAGUUGCAUAGAGGACGUGGAUUGGGACAAUCUUCUUGACCACAGGGAUGGAGAGUUAUGUCGAAAAAGAUGGAAACAGAUGGUUCGUCAAAUAAGUCAACAUGAAAACAAGUCAUUUGCUGCACAAGUAGAAGUGUUAGCUAAGAGAUACCGUCCUGAUUUGGUUGGAGCAAGGGAGGCCUGGGAUAGAAAACCACUUGUUCCAUGAAGUGUCAGCACGGACGAUUCUAUAGAGAGAGAUGCUCAAGGAACAUGUAUUCUAAGGCGGAUCCAGGUUUUUAAAUUGGAAAUGUAUCUGGUCAUUUCGCAUGGCAUGAUGCAAAGAUUAUAGCGUUGCUAAUUGGAGCGAAGGAACUAGCUCGUAUAGCUAUCAAACACUGAUCUCAGAAUGUCAACUCAAAAGCCCGAAGACCAUUUCAUUCCCUGUACAUAACGUUGGUGAUGAAACGUAAUGUUGACAAAUCAAUCAAUUAUAAGAUUCAUUCUUGUAAUGCUAGUCAUUUGUAGGAGUCGAACUGUAGUCUCUUAAUUACUAGGUUUUCUCCUGUAUGUUAAGGUGGCCAGCUAAACUUGCUAUGCUCUAGUCUUAUGUUACUAGGUUUUCUCCUCUAUGCUAAAGAGUCCAGCUAAACUUGCUCUGAUUUAGUGUGUAUUUGCUCCUGUUCGGGUUCACACAGAAAGCUAGCUUUUUUGAAUGUGGAGGAGUGGAGCAUUUUCUUGUUACUGUUUCAAUGUUCAGAUGGACGAAUGUUGCUAGUAGAGUGCUUAAUAAACCAACUGAAGAUUGACUUAGAGCCGGAGAAGCUUUAAAGAUAAAUUCAAAGCUUACGACAGGCUGAAUGAGAGCUUCGAUCAAGAAGAAGAAAAUUGUGUACUAGACCUAUCCUCAUGGGAGAACCAAGAAUGGGAUGGCUUUAGUUGUCUAAUAGUAGAUUCUAUAGGAGGUUUAUAAUUGUCAGAGUACCAUAUGUUUGUAAUUGUUUUUGGUUCUUUAUCUUGUGCUUUGAAGUAGGGGUGGGCAUAGCUUGCCCAAAUCCGAAAUCCAAACCGACAUUCGAAUUUUUUGGAAUUUUUGUUUGGAUUUUCAGAUUACGAAUUGGAUUUUGGAUUUAAUUUUUAAAUUUUUUGGAUUUCGGAUUGGA